GGUCGCCAAGUGUCGCAAAGCUAGCAGCCGGUAGGCAACAAGAAGGCCGUAAAGGGGAGCGCUGCGGGGAAGGAGCUGGGCCCAGCCAGGGUGGCGACGCUGGAAUGAAGUGCAGCAUAUAAGCAGAGCUGCCACACCAUGGACGAGAACAUGGAGGAGGACGCCAGCUAUCAGCAGCUGAUAAUGGACGACCACAAUCACAACAACUGGGAGGCGGACGCUUAUCAGCCUCACCACCAUAAUCGCCAUCACCAUCAUCACACCCAUCACCACGCUGAGCUCACCCUGCCCGAGUCAGGGGGGAUGUCGCAAACGCAGCAGGACCCCAAAGAACUACUCCAUCAUAUGUCUGCCAACGGCGAAGAGAGAGGGCCGGCGGCGCACAGAGAGCCUGAGCCCAUGACCAGUAAAGUAACCCUGAACAUUAACACCUCAGCGUCCAAGUUCUUGAUGAACGUUAUAACAGCAGAAGACUACCAACGCACUUAUUGGCCGAAGCUGGACAGUGCCAUUGAUCAGCUUUUGACACAGUCUCCUGGAGACUGCAUCCCUAUUUCUUAUGAGCAAAUUUACAGUUGUGUUUACAAGUGUGUGUGCCAGCAACAUUCAGAGCAGAUGUACUGUGACCUCAUCACAAAGAUAACCAGUCACUUAAGACGAAUCUCAGAGGAGCUGCAGGUCAGCUGUCCAGAUGCUUACAUUGAGAGGUUUAAUGCCGCACUCAGCCAAUACAUGGGAGCUCUACAGAGCAUUGUGCCUCUAUUCAUUUACAUGAACAAAUUUUACAUUGAAACCAAACUUAACAGAGAUUUGAGAGAUGACCUCAUAAAAUUGUUUACAGAACAGGUUGCAGAAAAGCAUGUUCCCACCUUAAUGCCUUUGCUAAUAGAAGCUCAGUCAACUCCAUUUCAGAUCACUCCUUCAAUCAUGGCAAAUAUAGUUAAAGGCUUAUACACACUUAGACCUGAUUGGGCACAGCUGGCACCAAGUCUCUUUUCUAAAUUUAUCCCAAAUAUCCUUCCCCCUGCAAUGGAAUCCAAGCUGUCAGAAUAUGCCGCUGAAGACCAAAAACUCCAGCGAGAAUUAAUACAGAAUGGCUUUGCCAGAGGGGACCAGUCACGGAAAAGAGCAGGAGAGGAGCUGAUAUUCAAUGGGUCAUCAUCAUCAUCAUCAUCUUCGUCAUCAUGUACAAAUGCAAGAGGAUUCAGAUAGUGAAGACCUGUUUUAAAUCGCCUUUGGAAGAAGGACUGAACACAAAGGUGCAAGGACGGUAGAGAAGUAAUGCAGUGAAGAGAUCUGCUGAAGCUCGGGCCUGUUUUUCCUCUUGCCCUUAAAAAGGAUGCCAUCUUAGGGUUUUUUUUGAUGAUCAUGCUGCUAACUGACUUGAGAGUACUUUCUACUGGCUUGUAAUGUGGUGAACUGUCUGGACCUGUUGUAUAGUAUACUGGUUCCUCUUGAGCAAGCUUCAGCAUUUUGCCAUUGGUGUCUGAAUGGAAUGUAACUUUUUUUCACAAGAAACCCAGUUUCCAGCAGUUUUUCUCCCACUAACCAUUUUGACUGCUGUUUGUCAUCUAGACACUUUGUAUAAAGAAAGUACUCCAUAUUUUAUGGCAUCAGCCAGAAUAUGAUUUUUUUGUGCUCCUAAAUGUUUGCAUAUAGGUAAAUUUUGAUUGGAGUUUGUUAUUGACAUUAUUUUACACACUAAUAACAUCCUCACCAAAUAGUUUUUAAAUUAUUGAACCAGUGUUCUGUUAAUAUCUCAACUAAAUUUAAUUCCAAUGCACUUCAUUUGAUGAAAUGAGUGCACAAUUAUGAGAUUCUGCCUUAUCCAACAUAUGGUGAGCUGAAAAUAGUUAAUCUUAAAAAUAAUUAUUGUUUCAAGGAUUAAACAACAUAGUCUGUUCAAAAAUAGCCAUAAAAGGAUUUGUCAUCCAUCUGAUGGGAAAAUCCAACAACAUUGUUUUCAAUGAACGAAUCUCUUGUUGAGUGCAGCACAACUUCAGUUAUGUAACACUGCAAAAUAAUUAACAUCCCAGCUCCUCAGGUUGGUUUGAUUAUCUUGAACUUGUUGCCAUUGAAGGUAUUUUGGCCAUGUGAAAACUCUGCCAUUAUACUUUUUAUUUCCUCACAUCACCUUGAAUUGGGUUGGUCAAGCGACACUCAGAAUGUAAAAUAUUUUAUUCCCGCACAUUUGCUAUUUUAAACCUGGGCUGUUAAAGAAUUGCUGUGCAUGCUGAGAUUGUUUUCAAUUUCACCUACUGUUUCACUGUUGAGCACAAGUCAUUCGAGGAAAGUAAAGCAGAGGCUAAAUGCACACAAAUGAAGGUGAUCCAAUAAUUUGACAUUCAAUGAUCAUGGUUGAAGGAUGGCUUUCUAAGUUGGUUUGAUAAUGAUUGAAAUAAUGGUUUGAGGGAAAAAUGUAUGAGAAUAAUGAUUGUAAAUUUAGACUAAUAUUAUGCAACUCUUGCCCACUUGGUUAUAGCUGUUAUUCCAUUUGUGCAAUAAAAUCCAAAAUUAACUUUGGAUAUUAUAGCACACUUAAAAACAUAGAAAAUAGGUGCAGGAGUAGGCCAUUCGGCCCUUCGAGCCAGCACCGGCAAAAUCAAUAUGAUCAUGGCUGAUUAUCCAGCAUUAGUACCCUGUUCCUGCUUUCUCCCCACAGCUCGCUGGUGGAACCACUGUGAUAGUUCGUGUGAGCAUCGGCCUGUUUGCAUAUUACCUAUUGAAUUGUCAAGGAGUAAUAUUGAGAUAGAGAACAAAAAGAAAAUUUGAUAGACAGGAUUUUGUUUAUACUCUGAAUAUUAAUGAUAACUGGAAAUGCUAGGACUGAGGGGUACAAUCAUUGUUAAAUUUAAUAUAUUCAGUGACUAUUACAAGUAGUGAUUUAUGAUGCAAAUGCUGAAAUAUGGCUCCUCAGAAACCUUCCAAUAUGCUUCAUAUACAGUGGCUUGCAAAGGUUUUCAUACCCUUUGAACUUUUCCAUAUUUUGUCACGUUACAACCACAAACGUAAAUGUAUUUUAUUGGGAUUUUAUGUGAUAGACCAACACAAAGUGGUGCAUAAUUGUGAAGUGGAAGGAAAAUGAUGCAUGGUUUUCAAAUUUUUUUACAAAUAAAAAAACUCUAAAGUUUGGCGUGCAAAAGUAUUCAGCCCCCCUGAGUCAAUACUUUGUAGAACCACCUUUCGCUGCAAUUACAGCUGCAAGUCUUUUGGGGGUAUGUCUCUACCAGCUUUGCACAUCUAGAGACUGAAAUUUUUGCCCAUUCUUCUUUGCAAAAUAGCUCAAGCUCAGUCAGAUUGGAUGGAGAGCGUCUGUGAACAGCAAUUUUCAAGUCUUGCCAGAGAUUCUCAAUUGGAUUUAGGUCUGGACUUUGGGCCAUUCUAACACAUGAAUAUGCUUUGAUCUAAACCAUUCCAUUGUAGCUCUGGCUGUAUGUUUAGGGUCGUUGGCCUGCUGGAAGGUGAACCUCUGCCCCAGUCUCGAGUCUUUUGCAGACUCUAACAGGUUUUCUUCCAAGAUUGCCCUGUAUUUGGCUCCAUCCAUCUUCCCAACAACUCUGACCAGCUUCCCUGUCCCUGCUGAAGAAAAGCAUCCCCACUGCAUGAUGCUGCCACCACCAUGUUUCACAGUGGGAAUGGUGUGUUCAGGGUGAUGUGCAGUGUUAGUUUUCCGCCACACAUAGCGCUUUGCAUUUAGGCCAAAAACUUCAAUUUUGGUCUCAUCUGACCAGAGCACCUUCCUCCACAUGUUUGCUGUGUCCCCCACAUGGCUUGUGGCAAACUGCAAACGGGACUUCUUAUGGUUUUUUUUCAGCAAUGGCUUUCUUUUUGCCACUCUUCCAUAAAGGCCCGAUUUGUGGAGUGCAUGACUAAUAGUUGUCCUGUGGACAGAUUCUCCCACCUGAGCUGUGGAUCUCUGCAGCUCCUCCAGAGUUACCACGGGCCUCUUGGCUGCUUCUCUGAUCAAUGCUCUCCUUGCCCGCCCUGUCAGUUUAGGUGGACGGCCAUGUCUUGGUAGGUUUGCAGUUGUGCCAUACUCUUUCCAUUUUCGGAUGAUGGAUUGAACAGUGCUCUGUGAGAUGUUCAAAGCUUGGGAUAUUUUUUUUAUAACCUAACCCUGCCUUAAACUUCUCUACAACUUUAUCCCUGACCUGUCUGUUGUGUUCCUUGGGCUUCGUGAUGCUGUUUGUUCACUAUUGUUCUCUAACAAACCUCUGAGGCCUUCACAGAACAGCUGUAUUUAUACUGAGAUUAGAUUACACACAAGUGGACUCUAUUUACUAAUUAGGUGACUUCUGAAGGCAAUUGGUUGCACUGGAUUUUAUUUAGGGGUAUCAGAGUAAAAGGGGCUGAAUACUUUUGCACGCCACACUUUUCAGUUUUUUAUUUGUAAAAAAAUUUGAAAACCAUGUAUCAUUUUCCUUCCACUUCACAAUUAUGCGCCACUUUGUGUUGGUCUAUCACAUAAAAUCCCAAUAAAAUACAUUUACGUUUGUGGUUGUAACGUGACAAAAUGUGGAAAAGUUCAAGGGGUAUGAAUACUUUUGCAAGCCACUGUGGAAGAGUGACCAUGUUUAAGGUUGUUUAUCCUUGAUAUGGAAAGUCAUGGGUCCUUCCCCAGCAUUUAGUUCUCAAUAAAAAUGGGUAGCUCUUAUUCUGAUGCACGGAUUAAAAUGAGGUCUUAACUCAUCUGGUUUGGUUAGAAAUAUCUCGUGGUCAUGGCAGACCAGCUGAAGAACUUUACUUCUGUUCCAGGACUCUCUAAGUUUCUAACAAUGUUUUAGUUCUUCUGAAAAUAACUUCUAAAAAUGUGUUAGUUUCCAUCUUUCAGCUUCGUUGCUCACUGUUGAUAAUGGGGAAUUCUCGUGACACAAGUUAAAGAUAUUCUGUUUGAUGGAAUACACUCUCGCCUUUGCAAAGCUGAAGUCCUGAAUGGGCUUUUGGUGCAUUUUAAACAUAAACAGUGGUAAUUUCUAGUGGCAUUGUGCUCCCCACGUGUCACACAUAGAUAUUUCAGAGUAUGGAAAAGGUUAUUUGACACAACUGUUCUAUAUAAGUGUUGAAGCACCUUCUAAAGUGUACCUACUCAACCCAGUUCUUUCAGCAUAAUGUACUGUUUCUGCCCUUAAAUUUGCCUCAGCUGAGUUGGCCUCAUGGUAUCAUGUUCCACAUUCAACUAAAGUCUGGCAGUUUGAUGGCUCUAGGAUGAGACAUUACACUGUAGUCUGUACCUGCUUUCUCAGGUGGACAAAAGAUCCUAUAACAUCAGAGCAUAGCAGAGGAGUUGCAUCCAGUACCAUGGCCAAUAUUUAGCCUUUAUCCAACAGCACUUUAUUAAAACAGAUUUUGGCUAUUUACAUUAUUGCUCAUGGGAUCUUUGCAGAAAUUCCUGUUUCCUGCAUUAAACUGAGUACAAUACAAAAGUGCUUAAUUGACUGGUAAAUGCUUUACAUUGAGGUUGUGAAGGGUGCUGUAAAAUUGUAGUCUUUAUCGACAGAUGAGUUUCCAAUGUAUUUCUAUUGGAAUUAUUGCAUACCAUCUUGAAUUAUUAUACUUUAAUAUAGGGGUUAUCUAGCUGGUGAGAUAUUUGAUAAUUAAUUAAAAUAAGUUAUGGCACCUGCUACUUAAUUUUAAAUUAAUCCUAGCACAAUGGAGAUCUGUGUAACAAUUUUAAUAUUCAUCUAAUUUUGCAUAGAUUAGUUCUGUUGUACAGCAUGGAAACAGAUCCUUGGACCCAACUCAUCCGUACUGACUGAGAUGCCUAAAUGAACUAAACCCAAUUGCCUGCUUUUAUAUAUCCCUCUAACCUUUUCGUAUCCAUAAACUUGCCCAAAUGUUUUUGAAAACAUUUGUAAUUGUACCAGCCUCUGCCACAACCUUUGACAGCUUUUUCAACAAACCCACCAACCUCCGAUCUCUCACCUUAAACUUCUCCCCAAUGCUUCUCUACCCUGGGGGGUG